AUUUGAAAAUAGGGAUGUUUUAUUUAAAAAAAAAUUUUUUUCGUUUUACAGGUUAGAAACUGCAUUCUACGAUCUUGCCCAAGGAUUUUAUCAGCAGUGUUUGAAGAAUAUUCGAGCUAGAUCUAUUCCAAAUAGUUUCAUAAAUUUAAUUGUCCGUCAACAGUUUAAAUUGGCUUUCUUAUGCGAACUUAAGCAGGACACGCAUACUGCCUUAAGGCAUUAUAAAAAUGCUUAUCAUCAUUGUACUGAAGCUGAAGUCUCAAAUAAUGAUUUGUUCGAAAUUCGCCUCGUUUCUGGAUUAAUCAGUUUUAAAAUUUGCCAGUUAUCAUUUCUUCACAAUUCAGCUCUGGACGCAAUUUGGCAACAACAAAGGCAUAUUUCGACAUUCUUCAAUUCUGCAUCUGGUUCUUAUCCUUCUCCCCAGUUGGCUAUUAUUGAACAUAAUUUAUGGAAAAGUAAACAGUGCGCAAAAUUUGCCGAAUUAUUCGAACGUGCAGUGUCAUCAGGCCUUGCAGCUGUAUCGACUCAGCAUCCUGGACUUCACUGGCAUGCAGCUGCUGAUUAUUAUCGCAUAGCGAAUGUUUAUAUAUCAACGUUAUGGAGUAUGCAAGGGAAUUAUUCUUUUUCUUAUCCGGAUCCUGAUCCUCUUUCAUCGUUACAACCGUUUAUAUUUUAUGGUCAACGUCCAUGGCGAGCGGGUAUCGAAGAUGGUAGUCUUGCUAGUGAAGCAGUUGAAAAAAAUGCACAACUCGCACUAAUGUUGCGUUAUAUUCCGGAUCAUACUCAAUGUAUAGCUUGGUUGACAUCUGCGUUAAAUCAUUAUAAAAAAUACAAGUGUCAGAGAACGCAACGGUAUAUUAUGGUUCUAAUGGCUGAUGAAUACGCAUCACUAAACCAGCAUGUAAAGGCUCUUCAACUUUUGUCACAUAUGCUUUCGGAAUGCCGCAUAGAAAGAUUCUUUAUGCCAUUAGCGACACUUUUAACCAAAAGUUUAAAUUAUUCAUUCAUUAUUGCUGAUGUAAAAGAAUUUAUGUCAGUUAGCAUUCAAAUGAUGAAUAUUAGAAACUUUCCGUGUUUCACUGGAGUUGCUGAUGAAAUUAUUUCAAAUUUCAAUCUUGUUCGUGCUGGUCAACCACCGAAUUCACUUAGUAUCAUGACGAUAAGUCAAGAUCAAGUUAAGUUAUUAUUUAAUCAAGAAAUCUUAUGA